AACCGGUGGUUUUGCAGUCGAGCAGCUGAUCCGGCAUCUGUUCGGCGCCGAUCAGCUAACCAUCAUCGUCACAGUGACAGCGAUUGUUAUAGGACUUCUAAUAGAGCUACGAAACUGCCUUGCUUCCAUGACCACAUCGGGCGAUCCGUCAGCGACUGGACCUGACAGACCGUGCGGGAUCACGGCACUGCUGCCGAUCGGUAUGUCUUGCCGGAGCCGUGCCGAAGCCUUCGCCCGAAGCUUACAGUCACGUUUGCGGAACCUUGGCUCCCAGGGCAGCACCGGUGAUGACGAUGAUGACGAAGGCCGACUUACGGCGGAAGAGCAACAGCAACAGCACUCGGAAAAUACCUGGCUUACGACGAGUUCGAACGACCAGACAGAUGUAACGAGCCUACAGCCACUACGCAUGAUAGUUGCCAACGAGGCGGACUCCUGCUUUGAUUUUGGGCUGGAAGCGGAAAGUCCUAAUUCUCCGGUGGAAGAAUGCGAGUACACACGGUUGAUCGAAACGGCAACAGCCACACCGAACAGUUUGCCGUCGAUCGCAACGGUUAAUGAUUCGGCCGUGGGUCAAGCUCCCGAAUCUGGUUACGUCUGUUCAUCGCCCUGCUCGACACCCCAAGGUUCGGCUGCCAGCAGUCAUAGCAGUUCCUCCGACUGUCAGUUCUACGAUCCGGACAGCUCCGACCCAGAGCAACGAUCGGUCAGCGGCUGUGAGUACUACGAUUGCACGAUCGUGCCCGGUAGUUUGCGAUCGACGGGUACUGGACCGUACACCUGUGCCGCUUUAACCGGCACCACUGUUCAAUCGGAUACAAAUCCCACCGUCGAACAGGCGAAAGUUGAUGAUAAUAGCGCACACAAGCCCACAGUAGCUACCUCCACGAAUAAUCCCUUUACCGGCGUAAGCCUAUCUAGUCAGACGGCGAACGGACACAUCCCGGGUUAUACUACCGCCGGUACGCACGACAGUGACAGCUGUUCCGAGUCGCUUCCACCGUCACAGUCAACCGAAUCGAACAUAUCGACCUUCACGGGGAUGAGUUCGAAUUCGAACAGCACACUGCAGGACGUCACCAUGGAACCGCUGGACGAUCAGACGGGGACUGAUAUCCCGGACAGUGCCUACAGCUCGGCAUCACAUCGGAUGGGCAACGGACAUGCGAUCAUGCCCCGCGGUACAGUCAUUAACGCCGACACAGAACUUGGGCUAAUGGGUCACGGGUUAAAGUACGAAGAAGACUCCGAAGAGGUGCAUGACGAAGGUGCUGCAGCUGCUGAGCACUGUAGCGCUACCCAUGGUGCCACUAUCCAGAUAGCGGAAGUUGAGAAAAUACUCCACGAUUGUACAAUGUCCGAUCGGCAGGGGGAGAGUGUACAGAACAAUCAUGACCACAAUCGUUACAAUGAUGACGACGAUGAGGAUGACAGAAAACAUAGCCGCAGAGCAACGAUGUCGUCGGGCGAUGAGGAUGAGGAGGAAACGAAACCGCAACGUAUAAGACGAUGCUCGUCGCUGAAGACGGGCAAAACGCCACCCGGUACACCGGGACGGAAGAAGAUCGUUCGGUUUGCCGAUGUGCUCGGUCUAGAUCUGACCGAUGUUCGGACGUUUAUGGACGAAGUUCCGAAGGUACCGCAGUCGGCAUUCGAGGAUCUCACGAUCGUGCCGGUGGUGGAGCAACCGAUGCCGGAAAUCAUAAGCCUCGGACCGAAGGCGGACCGUGUGCUGGUGCCGCUGUUCCAGCAACCGGGCGCACUGCCCUGCUUCCUCGAUCGGGUGCGCGAAAAGCAGGUCAAUCUGGAAAAUGCGGCCGUCACCGAUCCGAUCACACUCACCAUCACCGGGACGGUGCGGGUGCGCAAUCUCGACUUCCACAAGUCCGUGUACGUGCGGUACACGCUCGAUAACUGGCGCAGCUAUGCCGACCUGCAAGCCGUCUACGCGGAGAACUCGUGUGAUGGGUUUUCGGACAAGUUUAGCUUCACGCUGCACGGUAACUCGGUGCAGGUGGGACAGCGUAUCGAGAUGGCGGUACGGUUUCACUGCAGAGGUGACCAGUACUGGGACAACAAUUAUGACAUGAACUACGUCUUCCAGUGUUUGCCGAUCACCCAACCGACACCGAUGAUCUCGGCCCGUCCACUAACGGGACCGUCCACCAUGCUACCAUCCUCGGAACCGGCGUGGUGCAGCAAUUUCUACUAAUAAGUACCAUACACCUGCGGCAAUUCGCGUAUCAAUGAAGUAGUGCAAGGAACACCCACACACACACACUCAAAUUAUGUGCCAUCCCGCCCGCCCAGAUGCGAGGAUGCGCUUGCUUGGCCAUCUGGUUCGUAGGGUCGUAGUAUUAAUGAACCAUUUUUGUUUUUGUUUUAAUUUGAAUUUCAAGAUAUCGCAUCGAUCGUCUGUGGGAAACCACACAGCGCCAUCACUCUAGUUGCAACCAAAGGUUUUGGAAAGGAAAUUAGAAAGAGAACGAAACAAUACGCUACAAUGAUAGGACAAAAGUGCGAAGGAAUGUAACACAAAUUCUGUAAUAACAGUUUGAUCAACUCCCUUUUAGCGAAAGCAUAACUCGAACACGGUAAAGUAUUGACUUUAAGCGAAAAUUACCCCCCCAAUAUUUCGAUAACAUCAGGGCAAAGAUGAAUGUGACAGGAUGUACAAUUCCUGUUGAAAGCUUUAGUAGAAUAAAAAUCAAAUAGCGGUGACUAGCAAGUAGAGCAUGCAAAGGAAACAGUUGUGGAAGCGAUAGUUGUGUGCAACCUGUGUAUAUGAGAAUGUUUUUAAGAACGUUUAAACAAUGUUAUGUUUGCAAAAGUUUAUGUUUCAUAUAUAUAUAUAUAUAGGUAUGUUUAUGUGUGGGAAAGAGGACAUACUUCGCCACAAGCAGUGUGGCGUGUAAAUAACGAAUGAGCGCAAUGCUAGUGAAAUGAGCAAAAGACAAACGACGAAGUGUCUUUUUUGAGGGGAGCGAGCAAAAAUCGAAAGAAAAUUUGUUUUUAUUUUUCUGGCACGAUGUGUCCCGAACCCGAACGACUCACAAUUGGCCGAAAGGAAAGAUAAUUUGGAAGAUAAAAGCAGUACCACAUUGGAUGUUGUAUUGAACGAUUGUUGUCGAGGUAGCAAUAAGAGAGGAAACAUGCAACAUUAUAAUAAACAUUGUGUCUUAUGAUGUAAAUCAGAGCAUUGUAGCGAAAUAUGAAGAUGCCCUCCUCACCGCCCUUUCUUCCCCUUCCCACUCCCUCCUAUUAGAAUGUAAUAUCGUCCCAAAGUUUAGUAAUGGUAGGAAUAGCAGUACUGAAAAUGUAAUUAUAAUGCUAACUGUCAGAAAAGUAUAGGAACUGCAGGAACAUGACACACCUCACGGCAGACUAUUGAAGAAUAACUUCACACCGCGGUCGAUUCUGUAUGGAGGCCAGUUUUACUCAGUUAGAAGAAGUUGAAUAAAGUGAACAUUAUUGAAAUAUUAAA